AUGGCGUCGUCCGCCUCUGCGGCGACGGCGCCCCGGCCUGGCGCCUCGGCCAACGAAGCCAUCAUUCGAAACGCCCUCCGCUAUACAAUCUCUGCACGCGAGUACGCUGCCCUCCACAAAUACGUCCUUUCCAAGUCCAAGCUUGUGCGCCGGCGCGCGCCGACCGUCGAUCAAGUGGCACGCAUCAUGAACGGCCCCUCGUCGCUGCCCCCGUCCAAAGCCAGUACGCCACGGCCCAGCCAAAGUGGCGGCCCUCCGAAGAGCCCGUCCAAGAAGGAAAAGCUGCCGGAGCUGACUGAUCCGGACACGCCGCACGCAAUUCUUGGUGCGGACGACUUUAAUGCACGUGCUGUGCGCCACGCGUUGCGCGUUUUCAUGGCCAGCGCUGCCGGUCUGAAGAUUUACGACGCUGUCCAGCGCCGACUUUUUGGCAAACCAAGAUCGAAGAAAGAGCCGCUUCACAAAUCCCCCACAGUGCGCCUAUCCUUGUCGCUUUCUGCUAUCCUUCUACUCUACCGCCUCCUCUUCCGAUUCUUUACACGACUGCGCACACACCUGCUCGACCCGGCCGCCCUGCCGUUCCGCGUACGCAAUCCGCGCACAGCAGCCGCGCUUACCUCUGCCUAUGCGCCCGCAGCAGGUGCCUCUUUGGCAGGUCUGGCGCUCGGUAUUGCACCUGCUCCGUUCCGCAUGACCCUGGCCGUUAUGGCUGUUUUCCGGGCUCUGGAAUUUGCGUGGAACGCUGCCGAAGACUCCGGUGCCAUUUGGGGCGUCGACAUGGUGCCUGUGGCGGUCCGGGCUGCUGUUGGUACUGCCACGAGCGUUGCCUCGUCCGGUGUUGAUAAGCUCAUUACUGCCGGCACGGCCAAAGCCAGCGGUGUCAUGCUGGUGGCCCGCCCGCGUGCCCGGCCUUGGUGGUGGGGCUCGUGGAUGCUGCAGCCGAUUGCGUUCGGCCAGCUGCUGCAUGCGGCCGUCUUUGACCGGGACUGUUUUCCCCUUCCGUAUGGCAACUUUAUUUUCAACCGGACCCUGCCGACGGACACCUAUCUGCAUGCGGCGCCCGCUGAUAUCCCUGCUGCGAUGGCUGCGAACUGGCCCGGCCCCUAUCAGGUGCUGGAUGCGAUGGCAGCAAUGGGGCGCGCCUAUUGGCCCGCCUUUUCAUCGCCGGCACUCUUCCCGACCAAAGACGUCAGCCAACUCCUGGCACUGCCUGUUGCUGCAUCAGGUGCCUCGGCCGCCGCAUCGGCCUCUGCGGCAGCUGCCACAGCCGCCGUUGCGGCCGUCACACCGCUGACAAGCCGGGCGCACCCUCUGAUCAAGUCACUGAGCUGUGCCACGUUGCACCCCAACGACCCGUCCUGCGGUCGCACAUAUCUCACCUACUGGCUGCGUGCGUUCCCCGCCUACGCUCGGUUCUUCCUCGUGGUCUACACGGCGCUGCAGCUGCCCCGCGCCGCCGCCGUGUACCACGCGCCUGUGCGGGCGAUUCAGCAGCUGCUUGCCAAGUCGCUGCGGUCGGCGACCUUUUUGACGGGCUCGCUGUCGACGGCCUGGGCGUCCAUCUGCUUCUUCCAGGCGUGGCUGCCGCGGCGCGUGCUCCCCACCCAGCGGUUCUUCCUGAGCGGGUUUAUUGCCGGCUUCUGGGCCUGGGUCGAGCGCAAGCACGGCCGCGCGCUAUUCCUGUACUCGGCACGCGCGAGUCUCGAAAGCGUGUGGCGCGUCGGCGUCAAGCGGCGGUGGUGGCGUCCCGCGUCGCAGGGCGCCGAUGUGCUCGUGUUUGUGGCGUCGCUGGUGGUAGCAGGCGCCGUAUACGAGCGCCAGGCGAGCGCGGUCCGUGAGCCGGCUUGGCGUAAGGGUGUGAGCUGGGUCCGCGGCGAAGGCUGGCGGGACUGGGCCAUUGAGGAGGACGACGAUGAAGAGGAGGAGUAA